CACAGAGGGAGACAGAGAGAGAGACAGAGGGAGAGACAGAGGGAGCAGAGAAAGCGUGGGACAGAUAAGAGUCGCGUGGAUUAACAACAUUUAAUAUCAUAUCUGAGUCUUUUUUUAUUCCUGUUUUUAACACGGCACCAUGUUUCCAAAGGCUUUGCUGAUGCUUGUGGCGUGCACAUGUGCUGCUUCAGCCCAGAACGGAACAGCGCGCGGGCGGACCUUUGGCUUUUUUGGAAUGCCAGAGCCGGACGAGUCUAUAGAAUAUACGGACGAUGAGUUCACCACAUCUAAUCUCGUUAAAUUGGGUCAACUGAGGAACAUAACCAGCAGCAGCAACAUGCUGCAAAUCUCAGAGGAAGCGUUGCUGUUUCUCACAGGCCCGGUGUCCACCAUCCUCAUACCGUCCUUCUACACGCUGGUCUGCCUUGUUAGCAUACCGAUCAACAUCCUCGCGAUAGUGGCCUUUGCUCUGAAGAUCAAGCCUAAGAAGCCGGCAGCGAUCUACAUGCUGAAUCUGGCCUGUGCUGACCUGCUCUUUGCUGUGCUGCUGCCCUUCAAGAUCACCUACCACUUCAGCGGCAACAACUGGAUGUUCGGCGCAGCCAUGUGCCGUGUCGUCACUGCAGCCUUCCACUGGAACAUGUACUGCUCAGUUCUGCUCAUAACCUGCAUCAGUGUGGACCGGCUCCUGGCUGUGGUCUACCCCAUCGACUCCCUGUCUUGGAGGAGGCCUCGGAAUGCCAUCGUGGCCUGCGUUACCAUGUGGAUAUUGUCGUUUGCUGGCACUGUGCCGCUAGUCCUCGCCGAACAGACUGUUCACCUCAGUCAGUUGAACAUCACCACUUGUCACGACGUCCAGUCGGCGCAUGAGAUUAUCUGGCACUACAGGAUCUACUUCAUCACCCUGGGCUGCGCCUUCUUCUUCCUGCCCCUGCUCGUCACCGCCGUGUCCUACGCUCGCGUGGUCUGGUCGCUGAGCAGGGUCCCCAACGGUGUUCUGGGGAGUUCGCGCCGAAGAACGCGAGCAGUGGUGAUGGCGUUAACCGUGCUGGUGAUUUUUGUGCUGUGUUUCCUGCCCACCAACUGUCUGCUGCUAGCGCACUACCUGCAGUUUCACGAAGGUGUUACGAAGAUCCAAGAUACGCCAGACGGCUCUUAUGCAGCCUAUCUGGUGUUUAUGUGUUUGGGAAGUCUAAACUGCCUCCUGGAUCCUCUGGUCUACUACUUUGGGUCGUCCCAGUGCCAGAAACAGCUGUCCAACGCGCUGAGGUGUCAGAAGACUUCAGGGGGCAGCAGCAUGCGGCAUUCAUCAUCUGACUCACGCCGAUCCAGCAGCAGAGCAAUUUUAAAAUCCAGUCGUACAGACAGCUCCAAAGUACACACUCAAGUUACCAACAUGGACUCGUUCAAGAGCGACCUCAACGGCCAGUACAAGAAACUGCUGGUUUGAGCAGAUGUGACUCAGCAACACAGUCUCCCGGAUCAUGUGUCGCCUUUGUAGGUUUCUGCAAACCACAGAUAAACAUGAGGUCACCAAAAUGAACCAAAAUGAUGUCCACAUCUAAAGACGGGCAUUUCAACAUGACAGUGGUUUUUACCCCUUGCCGCACUUAUUGUGUUCUGAGGAAAUGAAGGUGAUGACAGUGAAUGAAUGGCAAUGAAUGUGGUUGGGUUUAAGCACAAAAACCACCUGGUUAGGGCAACCAAAGAGGCUUUAGUUAACCUCAAUAGCACCAACUAGGGUUGAAGUAUUAAGCGUUAUACAAUCAAGAUUGCAAUUUAAAACAAUGCCAUUAAGAAAUCACAAUGUCAAGGUUCUAUAUUAUGCCAAUUUGAAAAAAAAGCGUAGAACGUACAUUUGGUAAUGCUUUUCUUGAUCUAAGACCAUAUAACACAGCAAUAUUGAACCUAAAUGUGUACUAAAAAUAAGAUCAUUUAAAGACCACAAUGUCACACUCAAACAUUUAUGUUCUGCACAGAAGGUCCAAGAGGCAACAUUUCCUGUGGUUUGCAGAAAAAUAGAACAGUAAACUGUGUGACUGAACUGACUCUGACAUGAAGUCGACAGUUGUCUCUUUGUUGUGAAGUUCAAAGAGAAGAAGUUAUAGCACAGAGCAAAUCUGCAGAGUUUAGUCUAUUGACUGUGUUUUUAUCUUUCAUUGAGAUUAAACAGCUCUGCUGAAAAUGUGAUACUAUGAAAUGCUUUUAUGUUUGCACUAUAUCUUGAGUUUUAUAUCCUCAGCCUAUAGAAAUAAUAGCUAUAAUAUACAAUAUAAUGGAAGGAAACUACUUUUUGCUUUUUUCCCCGCUAUAUAAAUGUAUUGAAAAGCUAACGUUAAAGCACUUGUAAGUUGUAUAAUGUUACUUUGUACUUUAUAGAAAAUGUGCUUACUCCAGUGUUUUUGUCUGUCUAUCAUUGUGACUGUGUUUAAGAGACUAUCAAAAAAAAACCUGGGUAAAUCACCCAGCUUGUCUUGGGCAUAUUCAGCUCCAUGCUGCCUCCUGCUGGUGUGAAAUGUGCAGUACUGAAUGUGGGUUCUGUAAAUAAAAGCUGUCAUUUUUACACCACUA